AUGGACGGCCCCACCCUCGACCUCGACCUCGACCUCGACCCAUUCGACUCCCUCCUCUCCCUCGAAGACCAAUACUACACCGAAGGCCACGCCCUCGGCGUCGCCGACGGCUCGCGCGCCGGCCGCAUCGAAGGCCGCGUCUUCGGGCUCGAAAAGGGCUUCGAGAAAUUCGCCGCCAUGGGCCACCUCCACGGCAAAGCCGCCGUCUGGGCGUCCCGCCUACCACCACCACCACCACCGAAGAACAACAACAACAACAGCGAAACCCCCCAGCACGCUCCCCCGAAACACGACGAUCCCACCACCACGACAGCGCCUUCCCUCCCCCCACUGCAGGCCGGCAGCAACACCAACACUACCAAUCCCCGGCUCGCCAAGCACAUCACGACGCUGCACGCGCUGACGGAGCCGGCGAGCCUGUCGACGCAAAACGACGAGGAGGGCGUCGCGGACUUUGACGACCGGCUCAAGCGCGCGCAGGCCAAGGCCAAGAUUGUGGAGAAGCUGGUCGGCGAGGGACAGGAGGUGGGCGAGCUGCAGAGCGGCGCUGGUGAUGUCGCCGCUGCUGCUGCUGUUGCUGCGGAUGGCGGUGGUGGUGGAGCGGGCGCAUCGACGGCGGCGGGGGCAGAGGUGGCGCUCAGGGCCAAGGCCAAGGGCCCGAGGAGGAUUGGGGUGAAGAUGGUUCAGAAGAGGAAGGAUGGGGGACGGGGCGAGGAGAGGAGCAUGGAGGAUUUUGGGGCGCCGGUGAAGGAUGGGCGGUCUUGA